GCAGCCCAACUUCUUUCUGUCACGUCGGUCCCCUCCCCCCUCUCUACAUACUCUCUCUCAUCUUCUACAUCCUCAUCCCCCAGAGAGUAUCCCUCAUCAUGUCAGGAGACAAGAUGGACGUCGAGAAGGCUGAGCUGCAGCUCAAGGAGAUGGCUCACUCCGAGCAGCACUACUUCAACAGCUACAACCAUCAUGGCAUUCAUGAGGAAAUGCUGAAAGAUGAGGUCCGAACCCGCUCCUACAUGAACGCCAUUGUCCAGAACAAGCACUUGUUCAAGGACAAGGUUGUACUCGAUGUUGGCUGUGGCACAGGUAUUCUCUCCAUGUUCGCUGUCAAGGCUGGCGCAAAACACGUCGUCGGUGUCGAUAUGUCUACCAUCAUCUUCAAGGCCCGUGAGAUCGUCGCAACCAACGGUAUGGCGGACAAGAUCACCCUGAUUCAGGGCAAGAUGGAGGAGAUCGAGAUUCCCUUCCCCAAGAUUGACAUCAUCAUCUCUGAGUGGAUGGGAUACUUCCUUCUCUACGAGUCUAUGCUCGACACCGUGCUCUACGCGCGCGACAAGUACUUGGCCGAGGACGGCUUGAUCUUCCCUGACAAGGCCACCAUCUUCGUGGCCGGCAUCGAGGAUGGUGAUUACAAGGAGGAGAAGAUCGGAUUCUGGGACAAUGUCUACGGCUUCGACUACAGCCCCCUGAAAGAGACCGCCCUUUCCGAACCCCUCGUCGACACUGUCGAGAUGAAGGCUGUUGCUACCGACCCCGCCAGCGUUCUGACCCUCGACCUUUACAAGUGCACGAC